AUGGAUUCGUGUCUCGGAGUUGAACAGGAUUUAGACAAAGCUUUAUCGAAGUUUAGGUCUCUAAAUGAUAACUCGAGUAAAUUACUACAGAAUAUGAUAGAUCAAGUAGAAGAAGUAAGGCGAGAGAUAACCAAAUACUCAAAUGACGCUCAACUAUCUCCAGCGCAGACCAUGUUGAUCAAUGAUUUGGCUGCAACAGUUAAAACAACCACAGCCCAAAUGUCUACAGGUAAUUAUCACCGAGAACUGCAUGCAACAGUUUCAAGAGUGGGCAAGUCUAUUGAUAGGCACUUCAUUGCUGAUUAUGCGUCAGUUGCUCCGAAGGCGGAGUCCUUCUGUAAUGAUGUCAAUAGGCCCAUUAUGGAACAAGCCAUAGCUCAACAUUUGUAUAGACAGGGUCUUGAAGACGUGGGCGACGCUUUCGUAUCGGAAGCUAACAUAACGGGAGUGGAGCGCACUUGUACGUUUGCGUUGCUGCAACGUUGCGCGGCUGCGUUGGCUGAGGGCGACCCCAGCGCCGCCCUCAACUGGGCCGAGCGAAGAGCACAUGAACUUCACAACUCUCCUCUACCAUUCACCUUACAUAGAAUGCAGGCACUUAAGUUGGCCCGCGAGCAGGGCGUGGGCGCGGCCAUCGAGUACGCGCGGCGCCAGUUCCCGCUGCACGCGGCGCGCCACGAGCGCGCGCUGCAGGCCGCCGUCUGCGCGCUCGCCUGGUGCACGCCCGGCGCCGGGCCCGCGCCGCCCAUCUACCAACAUCUACUCGACCCUAAGGCACUCGGUGCAGAAGCAGCUGAGUUGUUUAUAAAAGAAGCUUGUGGUCUCCUCCGCCUGGCGCCACUGUCGCCGCUGGCGGGCGCAGUACUGGCCGGCGCGCGAGUGUUGCCAGCUCUACACGACAUACGCUCCAAGAUGUCACACCCACACGUCAUCGCCGCCUGGUCUGAUGAUGAACUGCCUUUCGAGGUGGACCUAGGCGAGGACGGUGGCGGCUACCACUCAGUGUUCGCGUGUCCCAUCCUGCGCCAACAAGCCUCGGAGCAGAACCCGCCCAUGCGUCUUCUCUGUGGACACGUCAUCUCCAGGGACGCGCUCAACAAACUCGCUAUGGGGGCCAAAUUAAAGUGCCCCUAUUGCCCGAUGGAGCAGUCGCCGGCUGAAGCCCGGCAGAUAUACUUCUCGUGA